GCUUCCGCCUCUGCUUUCCAGCUUCCGUCUGCUAGAGAUGCAACUUCUGCCAUCUGCUCUGCUCUUCUGGGAAGGAAUGGUGAGGUGAGACUGCCAGGGGCCAGCAGUUUCGGGCACACCAACCCGGACAGGAGCCUCCAUGCUGUGCCUUGUACCCUGCUCGCUGGAUUGUGACUGUUGCAAGAAAGCAUGGAGACUGUGCAGCUAAGGAACAACCCCAGGAGACAUCUGAAGAAGCUGAGUGAAGAAAGUCUCAAUAAGCAGCCGGAAGAAGUUUUCGAUGUCCUCGAAAAACUUGGGGAAGGGUCCUAUGGCAGCGUAUAUAAAGCAAGCCACAAAGAAACAAGCCAAAUCGUUGCCAUUAAGCAGAUUCCAGUUGAGUCUGAUCUGCAAGAGAUUAUCAAGGAAAUCUCCAUCAUGCAGCAGUGUGAUAGCCCGCAUGUUGUUAAGUACUACGGGAGUUAUUUUAAAAACACGGACCUUUGGAUCGUAAUGGAGUUCUGUGGAGGUGGAUCCGUCUCUGACAUCAUCCGACUCCGCAAACAGACGUUAAAUGAAGAUGAAAUUGCAACUAUUUUGCAGUCGACCCUCAAGGGACUGGAGUAUCUUCACUUCAUGAGAAAGAUCCACAGAGACAUCAAGGCUGGGAAUAUAUUGCUGAGUUGUGAAGGCACCGCCAAGCUUGCAGACUUUGGAGUGGCCGGGCAGCUCACAGAUACAAUGGCAAAGCGGAACACAGUCAUUGGAACGCCAUUUUGGAUGGCCCCAGAAGUCAUCCAGGAAAUCGGAUAUAAUUGUGUGGCUGACAUUUGGUCCCUCGGUAUCACCGCCAUUGAAAUGGCGGAAGGAAAGCCCCCGUACGCAGAAAUUCAUCCAAUGAGGGCAAUAUUCAUGAUACCUUCCAACCCACCCCCUACAUUUAGAAAACCCGAACUCUGGUCGAAGGAUUUUGUGGAUUUUAUUAACCUGUGUCUUGUGAAGAAUCCUGAACUGAGGUCCAGUGCCACAGAGCUACUGCAGCACCCAUUCAUCAAAGCAGCCAAAGGGGAGUCAAUUCUGCGCCAUCUACUAAAUGCAGCCCAGGAUGAGAAGUUGAAGAGGACGGAGCUGAAACAAAGAGAAGUGGAGCCUGAAGAGAAAGAGAAUGUGAAUGAGGAUGAGGUGGACGUCGGUACCAUGGUUCAAGCAGGUGGGAAAGAUCUGAACACCAUGAAAGAGUUAGGUACGAUGAGUGAAGGAGCAGACGGCACCAUGGUGGAAAAGGAUAAACUGGAGACCCAGAUGGGCACCAUGCUGAUAAACGAUGAAGAUGAGGAGGAGGAAACGGGUACAAUGAAACAAUGUACUGAGCCCGCACAGCAAGCCAAACCCUCAUUCCUGGAAUAUUUUGAGCAAAAGGAAAACCAGUUUGGCACCCCAGAAAAGACAAGUCCAACGUCUACAGACCCCUCAGAAUGGAAAAUACCGCUCAAUGGAGACUAUAGCUUUCUGAAAGACUGGAGUGUAGCCGAGGUGCAGCUGAAACUGAAUUCUCUGGAUCCCAUGAUGGAGCGGGAAAUUGAGGAGAUCCAUCAUAAGUACCAAGCAAAGCGCCAGCCAAUUCUGGAAGCCAUUGAAUCCAAGAAACGUCGGCAGCAGAAUUUCUGAAAGUUCUGACCAUAUAUGGACCUCUGAUACACAGAUACACACACAUAUACUCACAUGCCCCAUCAUCUUAACUCAGGUUAUAUUCUCAUUUUCUGGGACUUGCCAUUCCAUGGAUUAGUACUUAAUUUUUCUUUUUUUAUAAAGAGUUGGUACGUUUCCCAUUUUUUUUAAGCAAUAUAUUAUUUAAAGAGACCGGUACGUUCUGAUACAGAAAGUUAUAUUUUUUUAAAAAAAAAGAUGUAUUUUUGCUGUAAAAGGCUAGGAUUAAAUCUAUUCAUUAUGGCAACAGACCAAACAGCCGAAGAGUUUUUACACCGAUGUAAAUAAUUGUUUUGAUGUAAUGAUAUUUUUGGAGUAAACAUUGUAAAAUAUGUAUUUCCUUUCUUAAAUAAAAAAUAGAAUAACCAAUAUGAGAAGUAGAGGGGGCCCUGCCCAACAGAGGUGCAAUCUAGAAUACUAGAAUAACACAAGCAGAAGUUGAAAGAUUGCAAGCUGCAUGAUGGGAAUGCUUAGGUAGGUAAAGGAUAUAUUCAUUGAAAGACAUUUGAAUGAGUAUCAGAGACACACAUGGAUAUUCAGGUAGAUUAGUCGCCCAACCACAAAUUGCCUCUUCUUCGGGCAACCAAUCCCCUGCAAUGCCUUCCCGUCGGCUAGAAUCGAAAUCACUGGCAGGAUGGUAUUCGGAUGCGCUUAGUUUUCCGCAAUCGCUCGUAAUUUCCUUUGUGCGGAAAACGAAGCGAUCCGAGUGCCAUCCUGCCGGCGAUUUAAAUUCUAGCUGACGUGAAGACAGUUUGGGGAGAUUAGUCCCCCGAAGAAGAGUCGAUUUGUCGACAGGCGACUAAAUCUCCCCGAAUCUCCACGUGUAUCUCUGAGUUUACUGAAAGAACCACACAACCUUCACCAAUUUUCAUAGUGGAAAUUAAGCUGGGAAGCCUAGGCCAAACGUCUGUGGGGUUCCCAGGCAUUGGUCCAUUAUACUGAACACAUGGAUGCUUCCUCUACUCUGGUUCUUUAGUUUUCAGUUUGUAUAAACUGGUAGAGGUGUCAAGAGUGUCAUAAAUAACCGUAAUCCCCUGAAAAAAUAAUGGUAGAGUUUCUUUUUGCUUGAAAUUCCUCAUGUGUCCACCUGGGACAUUUGGGAGCUUUGGGCUUCAAACCCUGGAGAUCAGUAUCCAAAUAAAUGCUACUUGAUGCUAUGGCCUGCCCAAGCAAGUUGGUGGCUUCUUAGUUCCAGACCAUUUAUGUAGACAGGACACUGCCCAAGUGCAGUAACCCAUAUCAACCAAUAAGAUCUUUGCUGGUGACCCCUAAAUGCUACCUGGCUACUGCAUGUAAUCAGACCUGUAGGACACUUUCCACCUUAUUUAUAACCCUAAAAGUGUGAGCUCCAGAAGUAUCAUGGGACUAUUAUACCACUAGGCAUGUUGGUUCCCAAGGGCACCAAGCUGAUAAUUAUCCACCUCAUAACAAACGCAUAAGAACAGGAGCACUUAUGGUCUUGUAGGGUUUCCUUAAUAGAGGGCACUCCAUUUGAAACAGGGCCUUCUCCAUUCAUCACCUUGGGUUGAAAGCUUUUAGUGAUCGGCCUUACUCCCUUUGGAGUAUCUAUUACCUUAAUUGAAACAUUGCUAAACCACACUUUGUACCCAACAGAAAAAAACACAAUUUACAUAGGAAUAAUACAAUUAUUCUAGAGAUCUAACUUUACAACCCAUGACUAUUCCCCAGACUAUAAAGGCAAAGUGUUUCUCUUUCAACUGGAAAUGUGUCAAGAAUUCCGUUGCUAAAACUCAAAGCAGGGGGUUAAUGUACUCGGCAAUGGUAAUGUUAAUGUACUGAGAACCACGUCUUUAUCUGUCUGCAAGGAACAUUACGCUGAAUAAUGAAUUAUCUGAGCCUUAAUUAGAAUGAUUCUAUAAGUUAGAGGUCAAUGGUUGGUUGCUUUGGUUCUGGUGCAGAGCUAACAAGAAACAAGAAUCCCAAGCCCCUUGCUGGUUGGUUUUGGUUAUUUGAAGUGGAUGAGCUUCGGAGGCCAUAUGAUUAGUUUCCAACCAAGCAUAAAAAUAUUACUCUGCAUGAAGCAAGACUGAUACUGAAUAUUUUUGAGCCUGAAAUAACUAUACACUUCCCCAAUCACAAAGCUGACAGUUUGCUUACAUGUUGUGAAUAUCAGUAAGGUAAUGAGACCACUUGCCCUUAGCUGUUUCACCGAUGUGUUGUUCUAGAGAAUAAAAAGCACUGUGCCUUUA